UUCACUCAAAUAUACAUAACGUGCAGUGACUGGAGGACGUUUGCUGGGGUAGGGAUUUCAGUAAAUUUUGCAGACAAAAUGAAUGUUAUAACAGUUUGUCGGCGAGCCUGUCUUCAGUUGUUGAGAUCUUUUUACCAAACUCCAACAUGGACUGCAGCAUGCAGGUUACAAAGCUUUAGCACGGGUUCAGAAAGUCCACCUCAAAUGACUCCUGGGGAAAGCAAAAUCACUGAGGUUCUGAAACAAAAGUUUCCUAAGGCCACAGAUAUCAGAGUACUAGAGGCCAUGCCAGGUAGCUGUGGAAGUAUGUAUCAGGUGUAUGUAGAAGCUCCAGAUUUUAAAGGAAAAAGAAUAGUUCAACAGCAUAGAAUGGUGACAGAGGCUCUAGAACAAGAAAUAGCGGAUAUGCAUGGAUUAACUAUACAGACUGCAUUAUCUCCAAACUCAUAGAAGAGUUUACUUAACACAAAGGAUUGCAUAAAAAGCCUGUAAAGAACUACAUUUUGUUUUAAUGCAACAAACAGAGUGUGUAAGACUGCAUUCCCGUAGAUUUUUAGAUUGAUCUAUCCCCC